AACAGUUAUAUACACGCUAAACAAUCAUAAUAUGAGUGUAUUCGGUCUAGUAACCCAAAUGGACUGUGUAUCGAGUGAUCAUCAAGACCUUGUAGAUGUCAUGUCAGUCACACACACGAGUAGUUCGGAGGUCGUCAAUAUGGAGAAAUCCGAUUUGUAUUAUGAUAUACUCGCUCAGCUCAGAAAGGUGUCAGCAGAUGAGGAAUGUGUUCCAACGCGAUCGUUCUCUACAAACUCGAUUCAGCAUGAGACCUCACUUAGCACUCAGAAUUUUGAACAAACGGCGUCGUUGCCAUCGAUUGGCAUGUGGUCAUCAAAAGACUUGAACUCGCCGAUGGAGUUAGAAACCCGAUACACAAAACCUGAGAAUGUACGUACCGAUUAUAUUCCUACGAUUAUAAAUAGCUCUCAACCCGAUAGCAGCCCUUCUGUACUGUCUCUUCUGGAGAUGGCAAGCGCUUAUCGAUCACAGCGAUGUCAAUCGCUACCGUCCACACAACAGAUACCGGAUCUAUUUAAAAGAAAAUCGUCGCCGUCUGCAAAACGUGCUCAGGCGUCUGCACCGGUCUACAAGCGUGUCGCAAGUAUGGGCGACUCAUCCAGUACAAUGUAUGAAAUCAUCGGUGAUACGGCACCUUUAGUGCAGAUUAAUAGGAGGGAUCCGGAAGAGUUGAAACGUCUGUAUAUUUGUCCUGAGAGUUGUGGUUCGCGCUACGAAUACUGGCGCUCACUUCAACACCAUUUGGUGUCAAAACAUGGGCUGAAGAAGAAAAAAAGCUCCUAUCCUCAAUUCGCAUCGUUGACUGGCUGAUAAUAUGUUAUGAACAAAGCAAAGUUCUGUUGACAAACAUCCGCUGGUCCGGGAAAAAAUUAUGCAGUAUUAGGUUUGUGAUGGUUUAAUAUACAACAAUUCAAAAGUGAACCCAAAUCAUUCGGAUUCAGAUAAAUACAAUUAAAAAUAAAUAAACAACCUCGUUCCAUGAAACGGAUUUCGACAGUCG